GGGACUACUACCUUUUUAGGUUUUCUAGGGUUUGCCACAACUGUUUGUGUUAAUUUAUAAAGCCGCCUCACGUUUUAGAUCAGCACCCACAUUCUCUGAUUUCAAUAUGAACACAAGUUCUAUGGAUGCUGCUGAUCGGAUAUCCCAAUUGCCUGACCACAUCAAACAUCGAAUUUUCUCUUUUCUUUCAACACCAGAGGUGGUUCGUCUUAGUGUCUUGUCCAAGCCAUGGCAUCAGGUUUUCACUUCUUUUCCCAUAUCUGAGUUCUCCUGUCCCUCUUUUUUCACAAAAAAAUCUGACAGAAGUUACGAAUUCUGUAACUUUGUCUACAAAUCUUUGCUUCGACAAUGCCGACUAUACAGAAGCAUACCAAGAUUUCAGUUGUCUGUCAGUACCAGAGAUCUUUGUAGACCUUUUCCUUAUUGUAAAUUCAUCAAUCGGUGUAUAGAACUAAGUACACAGAAGGGUGUUAAGGAGCUUUCUAUCUACUUUUGUAUGCCUCUAUAUCACAGACUACCUGAAGCCAUGUUGUCUGUCAAAGAAUUGGUUGUUUGUAAGUUAGCUGGUUGUCUCCUCAAAGGCAACGUAAAUUGGCCUUCUCUGCGUGUGCUCUCUCUGAAAAAAGUUGAAAUUUGUGACCAAAGUAUUAUCGACAAUCUCAUCUUUACCUGCCCUUUCAUCGAGAAAUUGGCUCUAAUAGAAUGUAAUGGGUUAAGGUACCUUCACCUUUCAGGUUUAAGAAAACUCAAGAAAGUUAAGGUGAAAAGCCAAAUCUCUCCGCCUCUGGAGAAGAUUGAGAUUGACGUGGUUAGUCUUCAGACUUUCUCUUAUUCUGCAUCCUACAAGGAGAAGACAGAUAUUGAUCUGACCUCUUGCAAAAAUCUAGAGGUAUUUAAGUACAAGCAUGGUAUGAUUACAGAAGACCUGAUUCAAGGCCUUAAUUGUAAUUUCCCUGCCCUCAAAGUUUUGGUGUUGCACGGUUAUCGCCAUCACAUUCAGAGGAUUGAGAUUUCUAUCCCCCUGCUUGAGAAAUUAAACCUCUCUUUACCUGACUUGUCGGCAGAGGAAGCUAUCAUCAAUGCUCCAAGAUUACGGUCAUUCAAAUGUUACAUGGAAAACAUCCCGCCUUUGUUUUCUUUGAAUCAAACAAGUUUACAAGAAGUUGCUCUUAAAUUAUCUCUUGAUCUCAUCUAUUUUCAACAGCGUGAAAGUUUUCGCGAAGAUUUUAUGGAAAUUAUUGAAAGUUUCAACCAAAUCAAGCUUGUCACUCUGCGUUUUACCUACUAUUCCUCGUCUGUAAUCAACAAAAUAGUCAGCAAAGUCUCCAAUCCUGUUUUGCUUGAUAUCAGGCACUUGAAGCUGAAAACCUAUAUAGACGGCACGGAGAAAGUAAACGUCGCUCUUGUUGAUGACUUGUUUUGUAUUUGCCGUCCUGAAUCUUUAUUACUUGUGUCUGGCUGUGGAGGAAACGAUGCGUUCAUGAAGAUUCUUUGCAAGAAACUAGUGCGCAGAGUGAAACAUAAAAAUUAUUCUGCAGCUGCCCAUGUCAAAUGUUGGCAGCGUGACUUAAAAGGCGUCAAGAUCGAGCAUUUUGGAAGAAAUGGAUAUAAGAAGGUUGUUACAUGUCAUGCUUUCUUAGAUUCAUUCCAAAUUCUGGAACCGAAGCAGAAGAUUCGUUUUGUAUUCGAAUGGUGAUUUAAGUUGGAGUGUUAGUUUAUAUAUAUAUAUUUCCUUGAACAAAUUCUCUUAGAAAACAGUUGAACCUAGGCAGGAUUCAGCUGCAGCAGACCUUCGAGUUUGUGUUGAACAAGUUUUUUCCGGUUUGGGAUUUUUAUGUUUAAUAAUUUGAUAUUUUAUUCUGUUGAGUGUGAUAUGUUACUGUUAAUUUCUGAA